CUUCUCAGCGCCAUGGCCCCAGCCACCCGCCCGCUCCUCAGCACAGCGAUGCUGGUGCUGCUGCUGCUGCUGCUGGCCACCAGCCACCAGGCUGCAGGGACGGUUGUGGCCAGUGAGCUGCGCUGUCAGUGCCUGAGGACCCAACAAAGGAUCGAUUUCCAGGACAUCCAGAGCUUGAAGGUGACGCCCCCAGGACCCCACUGCACCCAGACAGAAGUCAUAGCCAUUCUCAAGGAUGGUCAGGAAGUUUGCCUCGACCCUGAAGCCCCCUUGGUUCAGAGGAUCAUCCAAAAGAUACUGAAGACGUGA